AUGCAUCCGCAACAACCACUGCCUGGUCGUCGUUCAAAAAGAACAGUACAGCGUCCGGAACAACUAAAUACGUUCUCAGGUGAUUCCAGUGAUUCGUCCGCUUCCCCACACGUUACUUCCGACUCUCGUGAAACGGGUGGCAACACGUUGCCACCGCGCAUUGUUUCAUCGGCAUCAAUAACUUUGAUGAACCCUGAUCAGUCAACGACUGCUACACAAACUACGCAAGAAAAUCCAACGAAUCUAUCUUUUCAAUCGAAAUCCGUUCCUUCCUUUGCCGAAACUCAACUCCUGUCGAUCUAUUAUCCUAAUCGUACUAAUCCAGAACAGUCUACUGUAAAUACAAAUCAGGAUAAUCGCGUAUUUGUUGAACAACAAGAUCGGCAACCAAUACGCUUUCGUGCUACAUACGAUCCAUCUGCAUCAGUUAAAUUCACUCAAACCUCACAUCCAGUAUCAUUAAGUCAGUUAUCAACACACGGUUCAACUUUAGUUGUUGGCAAUAAUCAACAAACAACUAAUUCCGAGAAUCUCGUUUACGAACAACGUUUGAAGAUCCAUUCGGGUAGUCAGCGUUUAGCUAAUAAUCCAUCGUCAUUAGUUGACACUGACGAACUUCUCCCACCAAACGAACUUGUCGAAGAAUCGCGAUAUUCAUACGAAGAGUAUAUUAUACACGUCGAUAAUAAUCAAGAACAAGCGAAACAAAUCUCUUCGUCCUCUCCAACGAGUACAUCGUCGGCAACCACAAUCAUUGCUCAAUCAUCGCCUUCACAACAACCGGUGCUACCACCGUCAGCACCACCACAAGUGCUACCACGUCCUAAAACUUCUCAAACUAUGCUUCAUCCUGAUGAUUUAGAUUCUGAUCGAACAUCACGCCUGAGUGGUGACGAAAUAAAUACACAUUCAACAGUCAGCAGUAUGUCUGGUUCAUUCACUAAUCAAGACUGGGCAGCAACUACAAAUACACCUUCCAGAUCAGGUCAUGAAGCACCGCUUGUGAAUCCUCGUCAGUCGAUUACCACACACACAACAGAAGAAACAACACGAAUAUCUAGUUGGCCACCCGUUCCAUAUGAUAUACAAACAGGUGACGGCCAUCUAGAAACUUCCUUCAUUUUGGAUGAUAGUGACGAUCAGCGACGUCCGUCACGUGUUCAAUUCGCCGAAGAAUUAGUUCGUGUCAUACCACCGUCAGCAACAAAUAGUCUUAGCGAAGAGUAUACUUCAUCAGAAGCACGCUCAUCAUCACUUUCAAACAAUAUUGCACCCGCUAUUGUACCUCGGACAAGCACGACUCGCAGGCUAUCAUAUGAACAAGCUGAACAACAGACGAAUGUUGACACAGAAGAGGAUGAUUCAGUGGUGACAACAACUACAUCUAGUAGUAAAGGGCCAGUAGUGGGUCGUUUACAACGGGCAAGUGGAUUGGCCAAUCUGAACGAAGAAACGAUGUCUCGACCAACAAAUGCACCACCGCCCCCUCCUCCUCCUCCUCCUUCUCAUUCUGCUCCUCCUUCGUCUUCUCAACCGCCCUCUCAAACAACAUCUACUGCAGGCGUUGAUCCUCGUCUUGUUCGUGAACAAUUACAAAGACUAGACUAUCAGCUCGUUGUUGACACUCGUCCUCCAAUAAAUCAAUCAAAAUGGGUUAAAGACCACAUGGAUACUUCUGAUGUUCAAUCAACAACAACAUCUGGUCGUGUAGGCGCACUUCGUUCAUUGUUUGAACAACAAAGUGGCCGUUCAUCCGAUUCAUCAACAUUAAAUAGUCCAACUGGACAAAAUAAACGUACAGAACCCGAAGAGAGACCUUCGAGACAUGGUGAUGAAAUACGCUUUCGUAUUAAACAACCCAAAACACCGUCCGUACAACAGGCUGAACCUGUCAAAGCUGCUCCACGAACAAAACAACCAACCGCAGAUACGUCAAAUGUUGCUCCAAUGACAUGGGAAGAUCUUGUUGGUGCACAAGAAGAAGAACGUCAACAACAAAAACAGUCACAUUCACAAGGGUCUUCAUCCUCUCUCGAUGUUGACGAAAUUCAACAGAUUAUUGGUAAACGGAUUAAGUCUGUCAAUGAUAUUGGAUACUAUUCAUCGGAUGGUCGCACAUGGAAAUGGGAUGAUACAUUCUGGUUUGGUCUAACAGCGACACAACGCGAUCAAUUGCAUCGUCUUCAACAGCAUUCACGUUCACGACAAGAUAGUGGCGAUACGCAAAUUAACGAAUACAGCGAUCGUUCAGCGUAUCAAGGUGAUUCAGAAGAUAAUACUCCUCGCAACAUUUCGCACGAUCGACGAGUGCGUCCACGAACUUCAUCUCAGGAUCUCACCAUAUCGUCGUCUGGUAAUCGAACACCGACCGAGGAAAUCAAACGUUUCAAUCCAACAGAAAAUGAUCCUGGUUCGACAGUCAGUAUUACUGGUGCUGGAGCAUGGCAACAACAAAGGCAACCACCUACUGUGUCCACUGGCAUUGGCAGAUAUACCGAAACAAGCACUGUUCACGAGAGUCAACCAUCUGUUAGUGUUUUCGGUUCGACACCAACAGCCACAUAUACACGAGUUGGUUCACAAGAAUCACUUGCUUCAUCCACUGCCCAACAACGACCUGAACAGCCACAAUCACUUACGCCACAGUCACAGCAGCAGCAGCAGCCACAACAACAGUACCAACCUAUUGUAACCAAGCGAACUGACAGUCAGAUGACCGUUAUCGAAUCAGGUUACAGUUCUGCUGAUGAACCUCAACAGCAACAACAAAGAACACAACAAUUUCGGCCAAAUUCAAGUACUAUCAUCGAAGAACCGUCAGUUCCUCAUCAUCCUGAUACAUCGAGCGGAGUUGCUGGCUUAAUUGCCGUUGCUGGUUCAAUUCUCGUUCCAUCCAAUGAUGUUCAGUUACAAGAACAACCUAUCUACGAAAAUCUUCGUCCUGGAGCACGAGAACAAAUGAACGAACCUGAACUGGAUCCAUUAAGUUAUGAACAGUUUAUUUACGAUUAUUUCUCAUCGAAUGCACGACGCUUACGUAGUGAUGAUGGCACAUUGAUUCUUCUCAUCGAUGGUCAACAAAUUCAAAUGUCACAUAUACGUUUACCAUCCAACGAUCAUAUAACUCUAGCACAAAAUGUUUAUCUUGAUGCAAUCGAUGAAUAUCCCCCACCAUUCGAAACCGAAUCUGAUCAAUUGAUCAUAUUCGUACACGGAGAACCUAUUGUCAUUCCCGCAGACAAAUGGUUAGUUUAUAAGAAGAAAUACCAAAAGGCACAAUGGGUUGAACAUCUCGAUCAAGUGAAUCGUCGUAUACCAGCACAAUUAAUUGCUGUGAUUGAAGACUGGCUUGUUGGUCAUACAACAUUUGAUUUAAACCGACAGGAUAUGAAUGUUGACGGUGUUAGUAUUCCAUUGAUUGGCAGAUUAGGCUCACGUAUACUUGAUCUUUACCAAGUUCGUCAACUUCAAUCAAAUCAGAACUAUUUCUGGACUGAAAUCUUAAAAUAUCUAAUUCGUACGGGUCAUGUUUCGUUUGAUGGCAAUGAACAAAUUAUUCGUGUUGCGAAUAGUGAAUUAGAUGUUCGUCGUAUAUUAACUGUUCAAACAUCUCCAUCACCAGAAUUAAUCGCACGUUUAGCCAAACUACUUCGCUCGUUGAACGACAUACACUUUGACAGUAAAACAGGCGCAUUAAUAUUAGAUGGAACGUUUCUUGUUCCAAGCGAAGACGUUCACGAACUGUUCCUCAAACAUCAACAAGGUCAAACAUUAAAUGCUGACGGAUUAGCUACUCUACUAUUACAUAUCUGUGCCUAUGAAGAAGGACAAGAUGGUCAAUCAUUAAUAUUAACAUUAGAUGAUCAAGUAUUACAAUUAACACCAGCAUCCGGUACCGAAGAUCAACCAAUACAACACAGAGAAGACGAAGAGGAUGAUAGUCAAGCGGAUAUGAGUGUUCUACAAUGGUUAUCCGACAAUGCACAAUGGUCAAGUGAUCAAGGUCAAACAUUUCUAAUACGUUAUCGUACGAUGCCUAAUUAUUUAGUACGUAUCGGUGGUGACGAUGGGUUACGUCUAUCGAAUCUUUUACAUCAACAAGCUUUAGAAUUAAAUGAUAUAUUACAUUGGCAUGAAAAUCAUGUCCAAAUAGAUCGAACUGGAAAUUCUUUACGUAUGAUAAUAAAACCAAAUAAUAACAUUGAGAUUGUCAAUUUACCUUUGGAAGAGAAUGAAAAAAAACGAGCAAAAGUAAAUGAAGAGAAGAAAAGAGCGACCAAUCAAAAAGCAAGAAAUAUGUUUGAAGACGAAGAAAAAAAUUUGGUUUUUUUUGUUCCCUUUCGCCAACAAACUCCAAGUGACAACGAUGAAGUACAAGAAGAAGAAGAAGGAAAAGAAGAAGAAGAAGUAGAAAAAGAAGUAGAAAGAGAAAAAGAAAAAGAAAAUCAUAACCAACAUUCUACCUCUCCUUCACUCGAACGAGAAGAACAGAAAAAAAUAAAAACCAACGACGACAACGACGGUAGAGAACGGGUAUUACUCCUUGAAAGUAUUGCUUCACUGUUGCACUUUGUCAAUGCAAAUGGUAGUAAUGUUGGCACGCUCGAACUCAUUCAAGGUCGCCGCUUAAGGCUUUCGUUAACUGACAAUUCUCCAUUUUCACAACAACAACAACAACUCGAAUUUAAUGAAGAUGAUACGCGUAUUCUCUGUGAAGAUCUCGAUCUAGAUAUUGAAACUUGCACUCAACAUUUAGUCGAUCAUAUAUUUGAUAAAAUUGAAUUUGAUAACGACAAGCAAUUGAUUACUAUUCAUUAUCGUGGACAGAUGUUAAAAUUAAAGAAUUUGAAACAGAAACUAUUUCAACCGACGGCGAAAAAACUUCGAUUAACAUCAAACAAAAACGCCGAACGAACUCCUCUUACCGAAGACGAAGUCAAUCAUUUAUCCCAAUGGCUCGAUCAAUUAAAUCGAGAAAAAUCCAUAACUAUCACCGAACAAAACGACAUUGUUAUUUUCCCUAGAGGCGAAGAUGACCAAGAACAGCAAAUCUUUAUUAACCAUGAGGAUGUCGACGCUUACAUGGAAAAUAAAAUUAACUCGUCCAAACCAUCGGACAAUCCAGAAGUUAUCGGUAUGAAUGAUAUCGCCCGAAUCUUGCUUUUAUACAAUUAUGUUCAAUAUUCUGAUGGUCAAAUAAUAUUCGGUAAACAACGAAUCGCUUUAGAUCAAUCGGAACUAUUAUGGUUACGAUCCAUUAUACAAGGAGUUCGAAGUGAUGGAGAAAACCGCGAAACUGAAAUCGAUCUAUUCGAUGGAGAACAUACACAGAUUAUUCAUAUUCCAUAUGAGCACAUGCCACCAACCAAUGACCCACGUCUGGUUGCCGAUUACCUAUUCCGUAAUGGACAUGUCCGAUAUGAUGCCGAUACAGGUAGUUAUGCUUAUCGUUAUGUCCAACCUGACAUACCCUUGGAUGACGAGAUCGAUACGACUGAACGUGUUGGUCAACGUCAAGUUCUGUCCUCACAUAUACGUCAUAUACACGUUGAUGAGGAGAAUGAACGUGUUGAAUUAGAAUUCCUUCAUGACCCUAAUCAUCGAUUAGAAUUACCAUCACGCUGGUAUCGUCAAGCAGCCAGUCACGGUUUUGAUCGUGGUUACAUCAUUGAUAUGCUGCUUGCUAAUGGUGGUCUUAUUGAACAGGACACAUUCGUUUUCAAUGGCCGUACAUAUUCACUACAAGUUCCACGAAUCGCAUCAACAACACUAGCAACAGAUUUACCAACGGUAAAGUUGUCCAAUAAACAAAAGCAAGAAUUGAUCGAACAAUACGUGGAAACCAUCAGCAAACAGGAUGGAAUAAAACAUGAUAAUACAAAUAAUUUACUCCUACUAGAAAAUCAAUCCGAUGGUUCACAACUGUAUUUUACACCCGAACAUAGUGACUAUAUUCAUCAAAAUAAAUAUCGACGACAAGAUGUGACACGUUUAUUAUUCAAACAUGGUCAAAUCAAACAAGAUGAAUUUGGUAAUUGGUUAUUAUAUUACAAUGAUCAAUACGUUCAAUUUCCUGCUUCGAUUAUUCCAGCCACAACAACAACGACAACAACAACACCAUCCUCGUCACAAAAUAUGUCCAACGUCAUACGUUCACUAGGCCAACGCUUUACUCGUCAUCGUACAAACACAGGCAACGAUGAAACUGACGAACAAUUCCGUACUCGUCUAGCACAAGAAACUCAAGCUGAAUUUAUCGAACGUUAUCACGGCACCAUCGAAUACAUGUAUCGUCAUGGUUUAAUUACAUGCAAUCGUCGUUUGAAACUAGUUCAAAUACAUUUUUCGAAUCAAACAUUAACCAUUCCACUCGAUCAAUUACGCGCAAUUGUUGAUACACGAAUCUUGAACUCCACAUCCGAGAACGUCCUCCCAUUCCAAAGUCGUCAACUAUCACAAUGGCUAUUGAAUCAUUCCGAAACUAUCAGUAAUACACGCGAAGGUUAUAUUCGCUUAGUACAUAAAGGUAAAACGUAUGAUAUUCCAUUUAUUAAUCCAAACACUCGACCAGCAGCAAAUCAAUCGGCAUUGUCACCGCUAGUUAAACGUUUUGGUUUAACAACACGAACUGUCACAUUAUUAUCGAAAAUCGAUUUAACCACAGCAGAAAACCAAAUCCGUUGUGCAAAUCAUUUAUUAGAAAAACUUGAUCAAUUUGGCUCGAUUAAUAUCGAUAAUGAAACGCGUCGAUUAGUUCUGUCAAUGACACCAGACAAUACCCAACAAUUAAUCAUACAGAAUCCUGUUUUACCUGUAACAAAACAAAGUCUAGCUGAUUAUUUAGUUAAUCACGGUCGUUUUACAUUGAACGCUGAUCGAACGGAUAUUGAAUAUCGUCAUUUCGAUGACGGAAGAAUCUAUCGAUUCAACAAUUAUAUUCGUGAUUGGGACGAAGCACUCGGCGAAACUACUGAACAACGUGUCAUACGUAUUCUAGGAGAAAUUUUAUCUUUGAAUGGUCGAUUCUUACAGCGUGCUGAUCGACAAAUCAUCAUAUCGUUAAGAAAUGGCGAACGUUUCAUUAUCCCCAGCGAUGUUGGUUCGGAAUUACGCGGUCCCGUCAACGGACAAACAAUUGCUGAAUUGCUCGUCAAGUUCGCUGAUGAUAUCUACGAAGAGGAAGAUGGAAAAUAUUUAGUUAUUGUCCUUGCUGAUCAAACAUUACGUUUACCACAACAAAAACAGUUAAUGUCGUCCAAAGUGACAACUUCAUCAACUACAGGACCUUCCAAAUCACCUGUUGAUCCGAAAUUGAAAUUACUUUUUCCAUUCAAUAAAUCGUUGAGAGACAUACAAAAAACAUCGUCAACAUCAACAUUGAAUGUGCAACCACCCGAUGCAUCGAACGGUUAUGCAAUCGAUCCAUUACUCAUGCUUGCUAAUUACAUUUAUCGCGCUGGUUCGAUCUACCAGGAUGAUUUCCGUCGUUUAGUUAUCAAAUUGAAUGAAGAUGAAAUUGUUGUACCACGCAUUGAAGCCAUUAAUGCCAUCGAAACUAUCAAUACUUCACCACAUCGUACGGGCACCAUCGUCGCACGUUUAAUUGAUCGUAUUGGUAAAGUUCAAUCGAAUAGAGCAGGUGGUUUGAUCAUUACGAUUGGUCGAAGUUCAUUUGAAUUAUCCAAAGAAUUAAUCGAUCGUGCCAAUCAGUUACAUCGUGAAACAAUCGAUGUUGAUAAUGAAAUACCUAUUCAAAAUCAAGACAGUGUGCAAACUGGUCUGAAUGGUUCGAUGACCGUUACUGGACGUAAUACACGUCAACCUGGUGGACCAGCAAUUCUGCCCUUGUUACGCCAAUCGAAAUCAGUUGGAAGUUUAUCUACAUCAACCAUAGGUCAUCCGUGGUUUACUGAUGACCAGCAGGUGCUCUACUCGAAAGAUGGCCGCGGCGAUGCCCGAUAUUUAAACUUAGAUAAUUUCCCAUUAGCAUGGCAAAAGGAAGGUCAUCCUCAUGGAGUUAAUUGCGAAGUUCAUGCUCUUCGUAAUGUUGCACCUUAUCUAGAUGUCUUAGGUUAUGUGGAAAAUGACCAAAAGAAAGGUGUGACAAUCAAUGAAUUAACACGCAUACAUCCUGAAAUGUUAACUCGUGCUAAAUUGAAUGAUAAUCCAUAUUUAACGAAAUUAGAAAAUGAUCGUGCACAAGUGCAAACGACUCUGUGUCCAAAACCACGUAUAUUAGUCAUACCGGAUGAUGAAACUAUGCUGUCGUCCGAUCGUAAAACACGUUUCUACGUUCAAUACAUGUACGAAAACGAUGCUGUUCUCGGCGCUGAUCCCGCCUAUGUGAUGAUGUUACCCAGUCGUUAUCCUGUGCGACCUACACGACCACAAUUAAUUGCACCACAUCAUUAUCGAGAUAUAACCUUACGUGAAGCGCCUGUUUGCGUGCACAAAAAAGGCGAAGGUGAUGUGUAUUUCGAAAAUCUUGCUCAGUAUCUUUCUUCUGAACAUCCCGAUGUUUCACCGCGCACUGUUCGUCGUAUGUUAAAACUCGACAAGCGAGACGAAUAUUUAGAAUACCUAAGUAAUAAAAUGCCGGCAGAUGUUGCUCAGCGACUUCUUGNAAAUUAA